AUGCACUACAUCAAACGAAAAUUUUUAUCGGCUGCCCUUUUCGCAGCGUCCGUUCACGGGCACAUGAAAAUGGCCAGUCCUGUCCCCUACGGCAUCGACACCCUCAACAACUCUCCCCUGAAUGCUGAUGGUUCUGAUUUUCCAUGCAAGUUGCGCAGCGACACAUAUGCCUAUACCGCGGCGACCUUGCAGCAAAAUACUUUCCAUGUCGGCGAUUCCCCAUUGUUGAGUUUCAUUGGAAGUGCUACGCACGGUGGUGGCUCCUGUCAAGUCAGCUUAACCACUGAUCUAGAACCGUCGGUAAACUCAACAUGGAUGGUCAUUCAUUCUAUUGAAGGUGGAUGUCCCGCAAACGUCACUGGCAAUCUUGGUGGAGGUGCUGAUACUGUCGACCCAACAACCUUCCACUUCACAAUCCCAGACAUCGCCGAAGGAAGGUAUAGCCUGGCCUGGACCUGGUUUAAUCGAGUUGGAAAUCGCGAAAUGUACAUGAAUUGUGCUCCUGUGCUCAUCCUUCCGAAAUCAGGCAGUAGCAAAAAACGAGAGACGACGUUUAUUUCAAAACGUACUGAUUUCCCCGAGCUGUUUGUCGCCAACAUCAACGAAUGUAUGACUCCUGAAGGAGUUGAUAUUCGUUUUCCAAAUCCUGGUGACUCCGUAGAGUACGAUGGUACCCCUUCGAAUCUUCAACCCUCAGGCUCGGCUGCUUGUACUGGUGGUGCAGGCAUCACCGCUACAGGUAGUUAUCCGGCAGCCACCCCAACGCUCACUGGCACAGCCAUUGGAUCCUCUGGUGAUGCUUCAGGUGGCUCCUCUGGUAGUGCUCCUACUGCCAGCGAUGUUUCAUCGUUGUCCAUAAGCCCAACUUCUACCACUUAUACAGCGCCUACGGAGACGACUGUUGUACCAGAGACGCCAGCAACAACCGCUCCGAGCACUUCAUCUACUUCUCCCACAAGCGGUGGUCUCAGCGGGGCCUGCGCCACCGAGGGCGAGUGGAAUUGCAUUGAUGGGACAUACUUUCAGCGCUGCGCGAGUGGCAUGUGGUCAGCUGUUGGGUCUGUUGCAGCGGGAACCAAUUGCACCUCUGGGCUGUCGAACGAUCUGAGUAUUGUUGCAGAUAAGCGAGAGCACCCCGGCCACAUACAUAGGCGGCGUCAUUCGCUCUUCGGCCAUUCUCAAUAG